AUGAAGACAACAGUGGAUGAUAUAACUUUGGCAAUGCUUGAAGAAAGGUUGUAUAAAAAGUUGUCGUUGAAUGAAAGGAAUGUAAAACUGGUGCUGAGGUACAUGCCGUUGGUGGUUGGAUGUGAGGCAGAGCUAACUAUUUGUGAUGAUGAGGAUUUGUUUGUUUACCUAAUAACAAUUGAUAAAGACAACCGUAGAAGUCUUUUGUUAGUGGAGGAGACGAGUGUAUCAGAUCAGUUAGAGGUGGUGUCAAGAGUGUGCAAAAGUUCUGUUGGUAUGAAUUACCAAGCAUUGCAGGGAAAUGAUGAUGAAGUCGGACCUAAAGCCCUGAUUCUGUACGUAGAAAACGGGGAGGCAGAUCAACAGAAGAAGCAGAUAGAGGUAGAGAAUGAUGACGAAAGAAGACAUGAUGAUUUUAUGGAAACAGACGGUGAGACAGAAACCGCAGCUGAGACGGAAACUGCAGCUGAGACAGAAACCGCAGCUGAGACGGAAACUGCAGCUGAGACGGAAACUGCAGCUGAGACUGAAACUGCAGCUGAGACAGAAACCGCUCCUGAGAAGGACACCACAGCUAAUAUGGAUGGCAGUGGUAAUAUGUAUGUUGAGCAGCUACCUUUAGUAAAAUGUAGUCAAGUUAUAGAGGAAUGGGGAGAUGCUAUGGGUCUGUACCUUCUGCAGGAAUUUCCAAACAAGAGAUCACUUCAAGAGGUGGUGGAUAGAGCUGCAUUUGGUUGCAGCUUUCGUUAUGUUAUUAAAAAAUCUGAUCGAAAACGGUUGGUGUUAAAAUGUUGUGAAGCAAACUGUAAAUGGGGAUUGCGAGCUGCGAGGAUUCGAGAGACGGAAAUUUUUUCUAUUAGGAGGUACUGGGGUGUGCAUACAUGCUCUCGGACUAAUCAAAGUAAUAGCUGCAACAGCAAGAGGAAAGGAUCUGCAGAAUUAGUUGCAACUUUUUUGAAUGAGGAAUAUCCUGGAAAACUGAUGACUCCUGUUCCGAGAGAUAUCAUAGACUUAAUUAAGUUAAGGCUGGGUGUAUCGGUAUCUUACUCCACAGCCUUGAGAGGGAAAAAUCUAGCUAUGCGUGAGUUGCGUGGUAAUUCAGAAGACAGCUACAAGAUGUUGCCUAGCUACUUGUACAUGUUAGAGCAGGUUAAUUCCGGAACAACAACAGAGGUGAAGUUGGAUGAGGCAGGUAAGUUCAAGUACCUUUUCAUAGCUUUAGGAGCUUGCAUUGAAGGGUUUAAGGCCAUGAGGAAAGUGAUUCUUGUGGAUGCUACAUUUUUGAAGAACGGAUAUGGUGGGGUACUAGUAUUUGCUAAAGCUCAAGAUCCUAAUCGUCACCAUUAUCCCCUCGCGUUUGCGGUACUUGACGGUGAGAAUAAUGCUAGUUGGACUUGGUUUUUCGAGAUGCUCAAAACUGUUAUACCGGACUCUUCUGAAAUAGUUUUUAUGAGCGAUAGAAAUCAGAGCCUCAUCACUGCUGUAGCUAAUGUGUAUCCACAAUCUCACCAUGGCCAUUGUAUAUGGCAUCUAGCUCAGAAUGUGAGAAACCAUGCUUGUAACACCAUCAAAGCCGUAGUGCCAUGGAGAUUUAUGGAGUUGGCUAGGUAUUACACAGUGCCUGAGUUCGAGGCUGCUUAUGCAUCUUUUAAGGUGAGAUAUCCUUCAGCCUGCAAGUAUUUGGAGGAGAACACUAACAGAGCAACAUGGGCUAGGGUCUACUUUCCAGGUUGUAGAUACAACUUGGACACUAGCAACAGUGUGGAGUCGAUGAAUAGCGCGUUUAGGGACGCAAGGAGGUAUGCCUUGAUACCAUUGUUGGAUACAAUCAUCAAAAAAAUAUCUGACUGGUUUAAUGAACAUCGGAAGGACGCCGUGUCUGGAUCACUUGAUACCAAACUGGUUCCUCUGGUUGAGAUCCAUUUGCACAACUUAUGGGGCAAAGCUGAGAAAACGCCAGUGCGUGAGCUGAAUAGUUAUGAUCUUGAGUACGAGGUUACCGACACUGACAAUGGGAAGGUUUAUUUGGUGAAUUUGAUAGCGAAGUCGUGUAGCUGCAAGGUAUUUGAUUAUGAAAAGUAUCCUUGUCUUCACGGACUUGCUGCUUACUUAUAUUUCCUUGAGGUUCCUGCUGCUAAUGGUCGUCGACGUGAGGUCAACAUAGAGUAUCAUCAGUUGUGCUCAAAGUAUUACUGGACAGAACUUUGGGCAAUGGCUUAUUACAGGACCAUUUAUUCUGUGCCGGACAAGUCUGAAUGGAUUGUACCAGAUCACAUCAAAGAGCUCCAGAUCAUACCUCCGAAAAAGCUGACAAGGAAGGGAAGGAAAAAGGUUAAUAGGAAUCCAUCAGUUGGAGAACGGCGUAAAAGGACACAAAACGUAAGGCGAGCGAGGACAAAUUUUGGUUUUAAUUGGCUGUUGUUUGGAAUGCGUUCUAAUCCUCCAAGUGAAACAAACUAA